UUUUAAGCCCAGCAACCCGUUACAAAUAACAGCCGCCAAAAUUCUACUCAAAGAACGUAAAGACAUCAUUUCCAAAAUGAAAUCCUUGACGGCCGUUUGCCAAACCGGUGCCUCAAUGCCCGCCAUCAAUCCCAAUGGUCGCAUCAGCCGCCAUCCGCCACAUCGCGGCGAUGGUGAAAAUGCCGAAAUGAAAAUGUAUCUGUCCAAGCUGAAGGAUUUGGUGCCGUUCAUGCCCAAAAACCGCAAACUCUCCAAGUUGGAAAUCAUCCAGCACGUCAUCGAUUACAUUUGCGAUUUACAGUCGGAAUUGGAGACACAUCCCGAAAUGAAUAAUUUCGAUGCCAGUGCAGCGUUGAGUUUUGCCGCCAACAGCAUGGACAGUGAUGAGGGUGCCGACGACGAAGAUAUGGCCGAGGAGGACAGUGAAGUGCAACAGCGUUUAAGUGCAUCCGCCACACAACAGCAACAGUAUCAAUCUAGUCCUGCUCAGCGUCAGCCAUUGGUUGAACGUCCCACACCCAACUCGAUUUUACCACCCGCCUCACAACAACAACAGCGACAAAUUAACACCGCCGUUACAACAGUCUCCACAUCCGCCUCCUCUGCUGUGGCAGUAACAUCAUCAUCAUCGCCAUCAGCAGCUUCUGAAGAAACAGCCAGCUCCCAACAAACUUCAACGAAUCAACACACG